ACAACAGUCCACACACACAUUGUCCCGAGCUGUGCUGUUGACGGAGACACUUGUCUCUCAGCUGACAGAUGAGGGUCCUCGGUGCUGUUAGCGAGCGCCUCUUCUUUCAGGAGUCAGUGGAGUAUGUGAGGAAGACGGGGGGAGUCAGCUGAGGGGAAAGUUCACAGUCAGUCCACGCCACGAACGACGACGCGCCAUGGCGGGCAAAGGGAGAGUUUGUUCGGCCGGACGGAGCCAGCAGCUGCACAACUCCUCGGACUCGGACUCGGAGGCGGACGGUGGACCCGUCCGAGUGGUCUUUGGCGCCGGGCCGCCCGCGGGCUCCUUCCCGUGCAGCCAGGUGAUCCACAGCGGGCACUUCAUGGUGUCGUCCCCCCACAGGGACUCCGCGUCGCGCGGGAGGAAGAGCGGUGGCGCCACGAGAUACGACUUCGACACGGUGAACAGGACGUGGUGCCACACGUACCGGUACGGCCCGCUGAGCUCCGGGAGCCUGAGCAUCGACCCCACUCUGACCCGCCUGUUCGACUGCAUGUCCCUGGCCUACAGCGGUAAGAUAGUCUCCCCCAAGUGGAAGUCUUUUAAAGGGCUGCGGUUGCUGUGGAGAGAUAAGAUCCGUCUGAACAAUGCGAUCUGGAGAGCUUGGUUCAUUCAGUAUGUGGAGAAGAGGAAGAGCUCGGUGUGCGGGUUCGUCACGCCGCUGGAGGGCUCGGAGUCCGAUUCACAUCGGAAACCUGAAGCAAUUGUAUUAGAGGGCAGCUACUGGAAGCGAAGGAUCGAGGUGGUGAUCAAGGAGUAUCACAAGUGGAGGAUUUACUAUAAGAAGAGGCUUCAGAAAAAGAAGGAUGAUAUUCUAUCAAUGCUACAAGAGGGUCAGAUCUGCCAGGCCAAGCUGGAGAAAUGGUCCAAUCAGAUGUACCAGCAGCCUGAGGCUGCGCCGGUGGAGGUCCACAUGUUUGACCUGGACUGCCUCCUGUCCGACAUCUCCGACACCCUGUUCACCAUGACGCAGAAGCCGUGUCCCUGGGCCGGUGACCUACACGACACGUACACCAGCAACGCUGAUAUAAUCCAGCCAGGUCUGACUCCGCUGCAGCCCAACCUGGAUGAUUUCAUGGAUAUACCAGAUAUCUUUAUGAACUACCGGGGCCAGCCCACUGAGCAGACUGUUUUUGCUGACUGUGGCUAUUUUGAGAGCUCGCCCAGCACAGCGUUUGCUCCGCUCACCUCCUCUGUGGGGACGGCUCCUCGGCUGCUCCUCGACACCCAGCUGGCUCAGCCCAAUCUGUCGUCUGCCGGUUUGCCUCAGCCCUCCUCAUCCAAUACCCGGCCAGACCAGACCAGUCAGGGCCAGGUUUGCGGUGAAUACCACACAUCUAGUAUCAUAUCGGGCGCCAUGCCCUACGGACAUCAAUCGUACCCCGAUCCAGCUGUGUCUAUAGCGUUCACCAACAGCAUCGAGCAGCCGGCCUCUUCAAGUAUUCCCUUUCUGUACCCGCUGCCAUGCCACAAGUUUGGUUACUACACAACCACCAGCGAGACCCCCACAGUCAUCACUCACACCGCCUCCACCAUGGGGGCCCAGGGCUCCGUGCACCACCAGGCUCCUGGCUACCCUCACACAGGGGACACGUACCCCCAGACCCCCUGCCACUCUCUCAGUUACCCGGAGACCGUGUCUGACCUGGUCCACACAGCGCUGCCCUCAUGCACCGAUGCGGCCCACUGCUUCUCGGUCCCGGAGCAGGUGGCCGUCACGGGGGUCAGAGGGAAGCACAGGCAGAAGACGGGAGGAGUGAAAACUGUCGGUCCCUCUGUGGCGCCGGCCAACCCGCCGUCCACUGCGACCACACCCACUAGCUGCCUGGCCAAGCUGCUCUCCUCCAGCGCCCGUGAACGGAAGCCACCGCUACGAUUUGAUACUUCUCUAGUGACAGCCAAAGGUCAGAGGUCAUCAUCGCCCAGCUCCUCGCAGUCAAGCAGCAGCGCUCAUGUCGGAGGAGCUUCGUCGCAGCUGCAGCAUGGAGCCGGUUGGCCGGCAGGGAUCCCACUGUUGACGCCUCCGCACUGCCAGAGUGCCCCCCUGGGUCACAGCGGACCCCACGCCAGCACCUCCAGAGGCUUGGCCGUGUCCGCCCCGCUCACCCACGGCUCCUCCACAAACAUCGGCUCAACCCUCCUCAUUCCCAAGACCGAGAAACUAUCUCCUGUCCAGCUCUACGGCGCGGAGAGGAGCAGCCUAACAGUUCAUUUUCCAGGACGUACAGGCCAGACGUCGCCACCAAACCCUUUGGAUAGAAUCUCCAACCCCGAGUCCCCACACUCGUGCUUCUCAGGACAUGGAAAGAUAGAAUCAAGUAAGCAAACAGAGACCAGAAGGAUAACUCACAUCUCGGCUGAGCAGAAGAGGCGCUUCAACAUCAAACUGGGAUUUGACACGUUACAUAACCUCGUGACAACGCUCAGCUCUCAGCCGAGCAUAAAGAUCAGCAAAGCCACCACACUGCAGAAGACUGCCGAGUACAUCAGUAAGAUGCAGCAGGAGAGAGCUCAGCUGCACGAGGAGGCUCAGAGACUCAAAGAGGAGAUCCAGCUCCUGAACUCUGCUGUCAACGCGUGCCAGCUGCAGCUGCCGGCCACCGGUGUGCCCAUCACACGGCAGCGCUUCGACCACAUGAGGCAGAAGUUCCGAGAGUACGUCCAGGCACAGACGCUGCGAAACUGGAAGUUUUGGAUCUUCAGCAUCAUCAUCGAGCCGCUGUUCGAGUCCUACAAUGGAAUGGUGUCCACUGCCAGCGUGGAGGACUUGUGUCAAUCCACUCUGUCCUGGCUGGACCAGCACUGUUCCCUGCCUGCCCUAAGACCCAUGGUUCUGAGUUCACUCCGUAUCCUGAGUACAACCACGGCCAUCCUGACAGACCCCAGCCUGGUGCCGGAGCAGGCCACCCUCGCCGUCACCCAGGGCGGCCCCGCUGCUGCCCUGGACCACUCCUUACAGCCCGCCACCCAGGACAAUAUGCACCCCAUGUGACCGAGAAGAACAGACUCAGUGGAAACUCAACUGGAAUCCACCGCAAUGCACAGAAGACCACAAGUCCGAGGAGAGCCUGUGGAGUGGUUUAAAAAGACUGGACGCUCAUCUCCCAGACUUUUACUAAUGCAUAGUCACAUUCCAAGUAAAAAAUAAUGUAUUCUAGUACACCCAUAAAAUCCCGAGGAACUAUAUGUGAUUCAUGCUUAAAUUCUUGUAAAAGCAUAACAUACUUGUACUAUACAAGCAAAAAGUUUAGAUGAAGUUCAGUCACUGUGAAUGGCUUCAAUUUCUGUUUAAAUACUUUGGUAACAUGAGCUGACUGCAUUUAUUCUCAAUUCCUUUCACAUCUCAGGUUGUCUUUUUUGUUUAUAGUAUAUUAUUGUCUUCAAUCAGACAUUUUCUCACUACAAUGUCUUAUCGCACCUCAUACUUAUCUCACUCUGUAUUGGGCAUCACACACCAGUGCUAGUAUAAAGUAAGAGAAAACAAGUUAUAAAGUUAAGCAGGGGUUAUUUCAGAAUAUUAAGUUAAGUGGUUCUCAAAGUGGAGUUUGCGGACCAUCAGGGCUCCUUGAAGGCGGCCCAGAGGGUCCCCAGUAAACUGAACAAUACGAAACAUAUUUCCUUUGAAUCAGGACAAAAGUCAUUUUAACUCUGUGUCAAAUGCCUAUGCGUCUACUGUUACUUAAACAUUCUUUUUUUGGGGGGAUAAAUCAUUUACCGUCACAACCUCCAAACCUAAGACACAGCAUGCAGUUUAUAGAAGAACAUUCCUGAAUACACUGACACAGGUCUUUAUCACAGCAGACAUUUUGACUACAACUGGUACUAAUAACAGAGGGCUCAGUUGGAUUCGAGUGGCCCAUUCAGCAGUGGCAGUGAACCAGCAUACACAACACCAGGGGCCUGGAACUGCAGCUAAAUGGAAUUCAUCCAUCAGCAGCUUAAUUAUUUACACCUGUGCGUUUCCUCCUGCGACAUGUCGAAAUGUCUUCCGCUAAAGAAGGGAUAUGCCUUCCAAAUGAUAACAUAAGUGAACCACCAGACUAUUGCUCAUGUUUAGGACAAUGUCGUUUACACAGAAAAAUGGUGUACUCACCACGCUAGGUGACGCUAUCACAGUGCAUUUGACUACAUUUCGUUGUGAGCUGCAGGUGCUCCUCCGGUCCAACAGCGGGCGCUGCGCCUGUAGGCGGGCCGGGAGAGGCGCAGUGUGGUGGGUUUUUGUUCCCAGAUCUCUUCGGUGCGCUGUCCACUUCAGCACCACAAGCCGAGCAGAGGCAGCGGGGCUGCUAGCUAACGCCGAAAAGGAGUGACGGAAGACGCGGUCCAACAUCAGCACUGACCCCCCCCCCC